GUCGCCAUGGGUCGUGUCAUCCGCAACCAGCGUAAGGGUCGCGGCUCUAUCUUCACGGCCAACACCCGCCUGAACAAGGCCCCCGCCCAGUUCCGCACGCUCGAUUUCUCUGAGCGCAAUGGAUACAUCCGCGGUGUAGUCAAGGAGAUUGUCCACGACAGCGGUCGUGGCGCUCCUCUGGCUAAGGUCACCUUCCGCAACCCGUACAAGUUCAAGCACAACACGGAGACCUUCAUUGCCAACGAGGGCAUGUACACUGGCCAGCAGUUCAUCUAUGCCGGAAAGCACGCCGCUCUCACCAUCGGCAACAUCCUGCCCCUCCACUCCGUCCCCGAGGGUACCGUCCUGACCAACGUCGAGGACAAGAACGGUGACCGUGGUGCGCUCGGCCGUACCUCCGGUAACUACGUUACCGUCAUUGGCCACAACCCCGAUGAGGGCAAGACCCGUGUCAAGCUCCCCUCCGGUGCCAAGAAGGUCCUCCCCAGCUCCUGCCGUGGUAUGGUUGGUAUCGUCGCCGGUGGUGGACGUACCGACAAGCCCCUCCUGAAGGCCUCGCGUGCCAAGCACAAGUUCGCUGCCAAGCGUAACAGCUGGCCCAGGACUCGUGGUGUUGCCAUGAACCCCGUCGAUCACCCCCACGGUGGUGGUAACCACCAGCAUAUCGGAAAGGCCUCGACCAUCUCGCGCUACGCCGUUGCCGGUCAGAAGGCUGGUCUCAUCGCCGCCAGGAGGACAGGUCUGCUCCGCGGUACCCAGAAGACCAAGGAUUAAAUGGUUUUUUGAUAAGGUGGCGUCGGUUUCCUGGAUCAAUGACGAUGAUGCGCUCGGUUGUUCUCUCAUACCAUACACCAACAUGCGGGUGGCCGGGCGUUAUGAUACUUCUCCGGUCAGGCUUCUCAGAAAGCCUACAUGCAUGAUAGGCUAUAGGGAAUGUGAUACCGAAAAAUGCAUUGGACUGUACUUUUGGCAAUGUGAACAAGAAUUCUUCAUCCUUCGACUCCUCGGUGUUUUGUGCAUGCAUACUGUGUGGAUGCCCAUUUGCGCCUCAGCUCUCAAGCCCUUCGUGCCUUGCGAUUGCAAAUAAGGCACAAAGGUUGUCCUAUUUCAUCAUCUCCAAGCCUAUCCGGCUUGACGAUGCAUGAUUCCCUAGAGUCCGCUCAUUACCGUAUCCCCGUCCUCACCGAUUCCCACUUCUGUAUCAUCACCUUCCUCUUCCCACUGACUAGGGUAGUCCAUAUCAAGCACUCGAUAGUGCUUCCCGUCCUUAGC